UAUCGAUUCAUGUAUUGCCAACAAGAGCUCAGUUUACGUCAGAGUCCAGGCUCGGUAAGGGUUGCCAGAUACGUCUUGUGCGUAGUGGUGUAUUGAAGUGACCAUAUUGUAGGAAAAAUGAGCCGCAUCAUCACAGAAAAAGGUACCAUCUGCAUCCAGCCCGGAUGGAAACCAAGUACCAUAGCAAAAGACCAAGUAAGAGACAUGAUGUUAGCUACGGCGAGCUAUCAACUAGCCCUCAAUGGAGAUGAUGAAAUGUUGAUAGAACACACACAGCCCAUCAAGAAGAGGAAAAGACUCACAGAUUUAUCUUUUGAAGAAAAACUGAGGAGAAAGAAAUUGAAAAAUCGUGAAGCGGCUCAGAACUCUAGAGAUAAGAAGAAAGCUUAUGUUACCACCCUGGAAUCCACUGUUAAAGGUCUUGUAGACCAGAAUGAUAAAUUAAAGGAGAAGAUGAACGAGCUUUGCGAACAGAACAAACGCCUCCUGGCAGAGAACGCCCGGCUAGAGGGCCUGCUUGCUGGAGGGGUGGCUAAGACCGUAGAAGAUAGGCCCGCAGCGCCUCAGAGUCCUCUGCAGAAGGAUAUGUGUCUUGUCACUCCUCCAAUGAGCAGCCACCGUCUCUUGACUCUUCUCUGCUUGAUGAGCUUGAUUGGCUGGUUGACUCCCUCCAAGCACCAGAUCUCUCAGAGCUUCAAAAGUUUGCAGACUCUCUGUCUGAAGCAUCCCUCCACCUUCAGGAUGAGCAGUCCUGCCCAACAGAGAUUAGCGCCUUGGUGGGGCCCAAGGCAGAAGUCUUGGAACCCAAUGCCUAUAGCAGCCCAGAUAAUGUUAUUGAAGAAGAUGCUAUCAUCGUUACAGUGCCAGCAGAUGAUGUCCUCAUCGAAGAUGCUGUAGAAGAAGUGGUUACCAUAGAUACUGACGUUCAAUCUCCUGGAUCUUAUUCUACUUCCGACAGUCAUUCAGAUCUUGGCUACGAGUCGUUGGACUCUCCUGACUCUGGCCUUCAUGCCCUCUUCCCCGAACUACUAUAAUUGCUUUUUAUUUUAUUUUUUAAUUUUUAUAAUUUAUUAGAUAUAAGUUUACUGUAUAAAAUUAUAUAUUUGGCCAGUUUUUAAUUCCAUUUUAUCUAUAAGAACCGAAUAUUAUAAUAUAUUAUGCACAAAUAUAUGAUGUCAGUUAUCAAACCUA